ACGAAAUCCACUUUCGACUUUGCUUCCAAAAGAACACAUCCGCCAAAAUGUUCAACCCCAUUCUCCUUACCUCGGCCCUUACCGUCCUCGCCACCGCCAGCCCCGUCAAGCAGAAGCAGCGUACUACUGUCCCCUCAAACUGCUACGGUAUCGGCCUCUCCCUAGCCAUCGGCGCUGGCCCCGACGGCGGCAAAAUCUACUAUGAGCCCGCGCCCAUCGAGAUGAACAAGCUCACGCAGAUUGAUGCCAAGAACGUCGAAUACAUAGUCUUCGUCGACGGCUCGGCCUCGCACGUGCCUAUCGACCAGGUCGCAUGCCGCACCUUUAGCGACGCUGACGGCGUGGUGCCGUUGAACUUGCCCUUCACUAAAGCGUACCCGAGUGUGUUCAUCGGCGUCGAGUACGUCGGAAGCAUCCUCUGCUAUGUGCGACCGGACUAUGAGAAGGACAACCACUACGAAGAGAACAACAACUAGAC